AUGACCGACACGAGCAUACGAAAAAACAAGAAGAAAAAAUCCAAAGAAACUCAAGAGAAAAAACCAGAUCUAUGUGUCGAAGUCGAACGUGCUCUUUCGAAAAUAGUCGAUGUGCCAAUGCCCUGUCGUGACUCCAUUGAACAUGUGCUAGCACAUUUCAAUGGCGAUAUUGCACAAUCGACUGGAGCGUUCAAAGAUGGAGACGCAGCCAAUAUAUUGGAAUCGUGGUAUCGAAAGACUACGAAAGAGCCAAAAAGAACGUGA